AUGCGGCUCCUGCAACGAGACAACGCCAGCAACUACACCGUCACCGCCGAUCUGCGCGCUGACGGUAUCCCCCCCUAUGCAAUUCUUUCCCAUACCUGGGGCACCGACGAGGUCAUCUACAACGAUGUCAAAACGACUCCAAACGACUGGCACAAGAAAGACGGCUACGCGAAGAUCAAGUUCUGCGCCGACCAGGCCCAGCGACAUGGCCUGCAGCAUUUCUGGGUAGGCUCUUGUUGUAUCGACAAAUCAGACGCCAUCGAACGCCAAACUGCAAUCAAUAGCAUGUUCAAGUGGUACCGUGGCGCGCAGCGAUGCUACGUAUUCCUCUCUGACGUGUCUUGUCUAUCAACCUCCUGUUCUGCGACGUCCAGUCAGCAGCCAGGUGUGGCAUUGUGGGAUGCCGCUUUCCGAGGUAGUCGGUGGUUUACGCGCGGUUGGACACUUCAAGAGCUUAUCGCCCCGCAGAUUAUCGAGUUCUACUCGAGGAAAGGGGUCUUCUUCGGCGAUAAGAGGUCUUUAGAGGCAGUUAUACGCGACGUGACGGGUAUUCCUGCUAGGGCCCUACGGAAUAUACCAUUAUUCCACUUUACAACUUUAGAACGCGAGGCGUGGUGUGACGGCCCAGGGACUAACAGGGGAUUUCACUCAAUUGCCGAGACUGGUAUCUCUUCCAAGAGACACGACAACCCCAGAGAGAGAACGACAUUCGACCAGUUGUGA